CCGACCAUCAGGUUUGCAUCGCUGUCGGCGGAAGGUUAGACACAGCGCCAUUCGCAGUCAUGUUCGGGGUUUGCUUGCCUAUUUUCUUCUAAUACGUUCAUUUGUCGCUCUCAUUCGUUGCCCAGCUAUACGAUGUGGUGGACACGGGAGCAUCUCAACGAGCACAAAGCAGUCACCUUCUCGCGGUCUGGUGGCGACCGAUAUAUCUUGGACGACGGGUUUUUCGAGGACUACUAUCGACCCAAGGUGUAUACCUCGUUUGCGCGCCUGUUUGCCUACAAUAUGAUCAGUACAUAUAGCCGCAGCGGCACCAGUGACGAGAGUUGGAUCAACGCCAGUCCCUUCAUGGUGCGGGCCAUGCAAGGCCCCCAAAACCGGUAAGGAUUGCGAAACUAUUGGAUGCCCGACCACGCUGAUUGUAAUAGGCGUGUCUUGACUACACGAGGCACUGCUGCAUGAUACGCCAUCUAACUCAGUCCGAGUCCCAUGUUUCGCGUGUAUGAUCGGAUGAUCUUUUCUCAAUCCUGCUGCGGCUUGUGAUGAAUGGCGCGACUGUAAUCUAAUGGCACGGUUGUCUCGGUUCGGUUGUCCCUACCCCCUUUCCCCUUCUUCUCUGUGCACUCGUUUGUGUCUACCCCUUUCUCUACUCCUGUUUUGAUAGGGUCAUGAUCUACAAUCUGAAC